UGCUCUCCUCAUCUCUCCGCCAAAAGUUCAGUUCAACGCGCUAGCAACGCAGAAGUUAGCUCCUUCACGUUAGCUAGCGUUAGCAUGUUUGGCUGUUUGAAAACCGAACCUUCCACAAAAUUCACUCAUCCAAGUUACCGUUAUUUAUUCAGAUAGUUGCUGUUAUAGUUUAGUUAUUUCCUCGCACCGCGUCGCAGUGCAGCUCGGUGUUUUGUUUGAAGUGAAUCUUAAGGCAGCUGUUACAUUUAACUCUAUAGCUCCCGUUGAAUCAAAGGCUAAACAGAUGUUACGAACUGAGCUUGCGGCAGACAAAACCAAACGUAAGAAGAGGAGAGAGCUCACCGAGGAUCAGAAACAUGAAAUCAAAGAAGCUUUCGAGCUGUUUGACACUGACAAAGAUAAAGAAAUCGAUUAUCACGAGCUGAAGGUGGCAAUGCGCGCACUCGGCUUCGAAGUGAAGAAAGUGGAUGUUCUGAAGAUUCUUAAAGACUACGACAGAGAGGGAAAUGGCAAAAUAACAUUUGAGGAUUUCAAUGAAGUAGUGACUGAUCGCAUCCUGGAGCGAGACCCAAAGGAGGAGAUCAUGAAGGCCUUCAAAUUAUUUGAUGAUGAUGAAUCAGGAAAGAUCAGUCUGAGGAACCUGAGACGAGUAGCUCGAGAACUCGGGGAGAACAUCAGUGAUGAGGAGCUGCGCAGCAUGAUCGACGAGUUUGACACUGACGGAGAUGGUGAAAUAAACCAGGAGGAGUUUCUUGCCAUCAUGACCGGAGACUCCUGACGAGGAGACUGCACGUCCGAAGGAGUUUUAUGGAAGCGGAGGACAUUUGUGUCGGAUUGGUCGUCCAUACUGAGAGAACCCGAGUGGCUGAACAUCUGUGUGUAUGUGUGUGUGUGUGCGUGAAGGUGAGUGUCAUCACGGACGCACAGGUUCCUCUCGAGUGUCUGAAGUGGACUGGAGUGGGACCUGUGGUUGAUACUUGAUUUGUUGCAUAAAAAGACUGGACUGUCUGACAAGUUCAACAUCGACCACAUCGCUCGAGCCAUUCGCUGUGUCAGCUGUUGAUUUUACGCUGGUCUUUUAUUCACUUUUGCUCCAAGUGUUGUGGACUUUUACAUGUUUCUCUUUUCAUAAAAUGUGGCGUAUCAAAAACCAAACCAGCUUCGAUGGAUUAGAUGUUGUUAGUGUUGUAGGUGAUUAUAUUCGGAAUCUGAUGCUCGCUUUGUUAUAAACCUUUGUCACAUCCAAAUAACUGCUGGGGAAAGGGGGCAAAUAGGGGGAAAGUUUUAUUGUUUGUUGCUGGAGAGAGUCUGUGAGUGUGUCUGUGUAUCUUUACUGUAUAACACAUUUCAUACUGUAGCUCACCAUUUUUGACUUGACUUCAGUUUACAUGACGGGAAUGUUUGAAUGUGCUAUUUAUUUUAUACCAAAUAAAUCGGUUUGUCACCAA